GGGUGGGGGAUGGGGUGAUGCGAUCCGGCUCGGCGAGGGUGAGCGCCGAGUCGUGGCUGCUGGUGUGCGCCUGUCCCGCGCUCGCCCAUUUUCCGGUCCGCGAGCUGUUCCGUUGGAGGAGGGGCACGUGAGGGCCGCGGAGUCGCCGCGUCGCGGGAUCGGGGCGCGGACGCCCGGAGAGCUCCGGGUGCGGCCCCGAGAUGGACUCUGUGGUCUUUGUGGAUGUGGCUGUGAACUUCACCCCAGAAGAGUGGGCCUUGCUGGAUAGCGGUCAGAGGAACCUGUACAGAGAUGUGAUGCUGGAGACGUGCAAGAACCUGGCCUCAGUGGAUUAUUGCAUUCGAGUUAAUACCAGUGGAUCAAGUCCUGAGUGGGAUAUUCUGGAGGAUGAACCAUCUCCUGAAGACAAAAUCGUAAGAUUUGCAAGAAAUAAUUCGUGGUCUGUUUUUGGAGACACCCAGACAUUUCAUAGCAGGCAUCUGAGAAGUCCUUUGGUGGAUGGUGUCUGUGAACGUACUGAAGGAGAUCAGCGCGGAGGAACCCUGAACCCGGUUACGAACCUCCCUGUCCGUGAGGGGUAUCCCCCCAGAGGCAGGUUCUGUCAGUGCACUAAGUGUAGAGAAGCCUUCACAGACGGCUUUUUCCUUGGGAAUGUGCGGAAACCUCACCCGGGGCUCAGAUCUCCUCCCUGUGAGGAAUGUGGCCUGGCCUGCAGCUGCGCGCCCAGCCUCACUACUCACGUAGACGCAGACCUUGGAGAAAAUUCCAGCGAAGGUCAGGACGCCGGGAGAGUGCCUCAGACGUACGCCAAGAGUCUCCGUAGUAAAAUAUCUCUGGAGUGCAAGAAAUGUAGGAAGGCCUUCAUCUGCACGUCGUCCUUCCAGGGUCACGUGCGAGGUCCCUGUGGACAGAGUGUCCAUGCGUGUGGCGUGUGUGGGAAAGCCUUUCUGUUUCAGUGCCGUCUCACAUGUCAAGUGAGAACUGACGCCGGGGAGAGAGCUGGUGACUUCAUAGACUUUGGGAAACUCUACAGCUGCCUCUCCUACCCUCCGGGCCACUCAAGUAACCAACCCGGGCAACGAGUUUUUGAAUGUGGGCUCUGCGGAAAAGCCUUCACUCGCCGCACCUACCUUCAGAGUCACGUGAGAACGCAUACUGGGGGGAAGCCCUAUAAAUGUCAGGAGUGCGGGAAAGCCUUCACUCGUCGGGCCUACCUGCAGAGCCAUCUGAGAAAGCACAGUGGAGUGAAAUCCUUUAAAUGUCAGCAGUGUGGGAAAGCCUUCUAUUCGUCCUCGUACCUUCAGAUCCACGCGAGGAUUCACACCGGGGAGAGGCCCUGUGUCUGUCAGCAUUGUGGGAAGACGUUCAGAUACCCUGCCAACCUGCGCGCGCACGUGAGGACACACACUGGGGAGAGACCCUAUGAAUGUAAGGAGUGUGGGAAAACCUUCAGCCGCGUCUCCUCAUUCCGAAGGCAUGGGAAAACCCACAGCUGAGUCCAGCCUACGAAAGUAAUGAGUGUUGUUCCUAGUCUGUUCUGUUGUCCUUCACCCCUCCGAUACGGAAGAAUGCAUGCUGGGCAGAGACGCUUGUACGUAGCGUGGGAAAGCUUGCGGGCAGCUCUAGCAUCUUGCAAAGUCGUUGGCGACACAGUCGCUUUAAGCCCUAGGAAAGUAAAGAGCGUGGGGAAGCGUAGCGGGUUUGCGGAGUGCGUGUGAGGAGGCAGGAGGCACAGCGGGGAGGGGCCCUCUGAAGGCCACCACCGUGGGAACACGUUCAGUCAUCACGGGUCCCUUCCCAAUCACGUGAGGCAGCACAGCGGACGGUAGGCCGUGGGAUCUAAGGGCUCUGUAGGACCCUCCAAGAUCCCGUAGACCCACAGGUCCGUGUGAUGACUCACACCAGGCACCGAGGGACUGCCUCCAGGUGUCCCGCCUCCCACCGAGGACACGUGUGAAGGAAAACACACUGAAACGAAGCCCAAGACCAUAGGAACCAUGGAACGGCCUUCGGGCGUCCCAGGGACUUGUGACACACAAACUGGGGACUGACCCUGAGCACAGCACCUGCGCCAAAGCCUUCGUUCUCCCCUAACGAUCGUGUUUAAAAUAUGAGCAGACACGGUGGAGAGGAAUCUUCUCGCUGGGAAAAAUGUUAGGGAAACUUGAAGUAUGGUACUUCUCGCAUUUUCUACACGGCAGGUCAGGUAGAACCGGAAUCUUCUGACGGUCGUGAAUGUGGAGUUGUCUUUCCAAAUGCUUCCUCCUGACGGGCCCGCGUGCGUUGACUCCAGUGCAUGCCUGAGAAGCAUUCCACUGUGUCCUCCUCAGCCGUGUGACAUUAUUUUGUUACCUGAGAUGUGAACACCCCGCACAGUUCUAGAAAAGGUGUCUCAUUUCUACGACGGUGUCUCCUGGACCCAGGGGUGAUGAGCAGUGUGUACAUACAGCCUGUCCUCUGGCGCAGAGACUGGAAUCCCUCGACCCCACCCCUGCCCUCCUCGCGGUCUUCAUUUCAUCACCAGUUGUAUCUCCACGCGUGCCCCGCCUGUGUGCCCCGCAGACAUUAGUAAACACGGAUGUUGGGAGAGGACCAUCUCCUCGUGAUGUUUGUAGUUUGACCUCCGCUCAUCGCCCUUGAUCUCGGUGGUUCAUCAGUCAUGACCCGUUGAGUUACGAAGAGAAGCUGUGUUGGGGGCGCCUGGGUGGCUCAGUGGGUUAAGCGCCUGACUCUUGGUUUCGGCUCAGGUCGUGGUCUUGUGGUUUGCGGGCUUGAUCCUCGCAUCAGACUCUGCGCUGACGCCUCUCUCUCAAAAUAAAUAAAUAUAAACUUAAAAAAAAGAAACCUCGUGAUGUGAAGAUGAAAGCCAGCGUCCGCUGCUUCUCCGGGGUUCCGUUGUGAGCCUGGUGAGGCGGGAGCCCGUGGGCCCCAGAGUCCUUCUCUGUGCGGCGCUGAGAGGAAGGCCCCGAGAAGAGGAGCUGUGUGCGGCUUGGAGAGCAGCAGUGAGGAACCGUGAGUCGCCGACCCUCCGUGCCGCCAGGGGACAGAGACGCUGGGGACCCAGAUGGGCCUGAGUCCCAGUGCGUCGUCCUGGCUUCUGGCCUGCUGUCUGGUACAGCCCCCAACCGAACACAGGUUCGACGUUAGUUUUGGUUAGCAUGUUCCAGAGCCUUCCACGAGCUGUCCCGUGACGGACCGUCUUGGCUUUCCGGCCCACAUGGAUCCUUGCAUUGCCCUGUGACUCUUUGUGUCCGUGAGUCCGUCUGUCCAGCUGUCAUGCUUAGUAAUCUCUCUCAUCCUAUUACCCCUUUAUCUCCAUGCUGUCGUUAAAAAUGUUUGUUUUGCUUUUUA